AUGCCAAGAGUAACGCGAACACCGAAACCCACAUCGAAACCCGAGCAUGCGGAGAACCCGACAAAUCCAGAAGCUUCAGGAAGCAGUAUGAUCGUGGGCGCAGACACGGUUUCGGCGAAGCACGUGCGUACGCCGAUUAUCGAUUCUCCUGGAGCGUCAGUGUGCACCAUGGAUAAAGGAGGAAAGCCAACAAGUGAGCCAUUGUGUGGUAUAGUAGCCAUAGAAAGUUCGGGAAACAUAACCACAGCGGCAACCACAGAAGAGGUUAUGGCGAAGCACGUGCGUGAGCCGAAAGUUCCUGGUACGUCAGUGUGUGCCACGGAACAAAAAGAUAUGUUGAUAGGUGAGCGAUCUGGAAAUAUUGUUCUCGCAAAGGCCAUCAAGUCGGAGCGGGCCAUGUCUGCGCUUUCCUCCCAUAGUUCGCAAGCGUCAUCAGUGCGUGUUCGUGAGCUGGAGCUUUCGUUGAGGAAAUUGGAAGAAGAAAAAAACAUCGAGCAGGCAUAUAUUGCAAAAAAGUAUGCGUUAUUGUCCCUAGCAGCAGAACAAGACCAGGAUGGCUGCUCCCUCUACAGCCGAUCCAGUAAGACUAGUAGCCGCCAAACUAGUGCAGAGGGUCCAAUUAAGCAAAGCCAUGCUCCGUCGGGGUCGCAUACGAUCGCCGAAUCUAAAAAACACUCUGGGCUGAAUAAGGAGAAAGUAGCAGCACGUAAGGCAAUUUCCCGAGAACUUCCAAAAUUCGAUGGGAACGCUGAAAAUUGGCCGCUAUUCAUUGCAACCUACAACCGCACCACUGAAAUGUGUGGCUUUACCGAGGAGGAGAAUUUGAUACGGUUGCAAAACGGCCUCAUCGGGAAAGCGCUGGAAGCUGUGCGCAGUCUGUUGAUGUACCCAAGCAACAAUGCCCGGAUAAUAAAUACAUUGAGAGUGUUAUACGGACAGCCCGAGCGUAUAAUCCAUCAACUGACUUUGAAGAUAGGCGCUCUUCCCACCCCCAAAGAAGACAGACUGGAAACACUAGUGGAUUUUGCGGUGGCAGUGCAAAAUUACUGUGCAACUGUGGAGGCGUGCGACAUUCCGGACUACCUAUACAAUGUUACACUACUGCACCAGUUAGUCGGAAAGCUUCCCCUCACAGUAAAGCUCCAGUGGGCACAACAUAAAGCCACUUUACCCGAAGCUAACCUCUCGUCUUUUAGUGACUGGUUGUUCACUUUAGCCGAAGCGGUUAGUGGCGUUAUAAUACCGUCGACAACGGAGAUGGAUCAGAAGAAGCCGAGCGUGCCCCAGAUGUCUGACAGACGAGGCAGGCGAGUAAACUCGCACACUGUAGACAUACCUAGACGACGGACUACCGAAACAGGACAAUGUUGUGUCGUUUGCAAUAAGAACUGCAAGUUAUUAACCGAAUGCAAAACUUUUCAGCAAAUGACACGUCAGGAGCGUUGGGAGGUGGUGAACCGGAACGCGCUUUGUAGGAGUUGCCUGCAGCAAUACAAAGGCCCACCCGAAGCGUGCUGCAGUUUUCAACUGUGUGGAAAACACGGAUGCGUGCGGAAACAUCACCAGCUGCUACACAACGAGCAUCAACGAACCAACCCGUCGUUGCAACAGCCUCGCAUCGAUCCAAAUCUAAACGUGUCCCACAACACCCACCUAUCGGUAUCCGGGUCGGUGUUGUUGAAAUACGUACCAAUAACGGUUGUAGGUGCGGGGAAGCAGAUCGAUACGUUUGCACUCCUGGACGAAGGAUCGGAAUUAACGCUCAUCGAUCAAGCGUUAGUCGACGAGAUGGAACUGAAUGGAAAGCUCAACCCGCUCAGCGUCAAGUGGUCCGAUGGCACGAUCAGGACGGAACCAAAGUCGCAAAUGGUAAACGUUCAGAUUGUUGCUGCAGGGCGAAAGUUCACUUUGAAGAAGGCUAGAACAGUAGCUCAUCUCAAGCUCACACCUCAGACCGCAAAUAUGACUCAUCUGGCUGAUCGAUACCAACAUCUUAAAGGCUUGCCGUUAGUGUCUUACGAGAAUGCUACACCGCGGAUACUCAUUGGUGCGAGUCAUCCCCAAAUAGCAGCAGCACGCAAAAUAAAAGAAGGACGCUACGGGGAGCCACUAGCAGCAAAAACGAGCCUAGGCUGGACAGUAUACGGUCCAGUAGGAGGUAACGCGGGUGAAUCAUCGAGUCCACCAUCAUUAUACAUUCAUCGCUAUGAGGACAACGUAGACGCAGAUAUGCACCGUGCCCUGUUGGAGUAUUUCUCGCUAGAAAAUAUGGGCGUGACAAAACCUGCAAAACCGCUGAUGGCCGCCGAUGAUGAGCGCGCGAUGAACAUUCUUCAAACCCGCACCAGUUUCAACGGAACGCGUUAUGAGACAGGACUACUCUGGCGUUUUGAUAACGUUAACUUGCCACCAAACAAAGAUAUGGCGCUGCGCAGACAUCGAAACCUAGAGAGACGUAUGGAAAAGGACCCAGAGCUUGCUCGUGUGCUCAAGCAAACCAUAGCGGAUUAUUGUCGGAAGGACUACAUACGUGAACUUUCCACAAUCGAACAAGCAGAUGUCAAGUGGUACCUUCCCAUUUUUCCCGUCGUUAACCCUAACAAACCUGGGAAAGUCAGAAUAGUGUGGGAUGCAGCUGCCAAAACUCACCAAGGGCUAUCCCUGAAUUCUAUGUUAUUGAAAGGACCUGAUCUCGUCACUCCAUUGUUCGACAUCCUACUUCGUUUCCGGGUUCAUCGCAUUGGCAUAGCCGGAGAUAUCCGCGAGAUGUUCCAUCAAAUUGGCAUCAUCGACGAGGACCAACGGUACCAGUGUUUUUUGUGGACAAAGGACGAUGGGAAACCAGCAGUGUACGCAAUGAAAGUCAUGACCUUUGGAGCUUGCUGCUCGCCAUGUACGGCACAAUACAUCAAGAACCUCAACGCAGAUCAGUAUCAAGCUAGUCAUCCAGAGGCCUGGAGUGCUAUCGUAAAGUCUCAUUACGUGGAUGACUUGCUGAUAAGUGUUAAAACGGAGGCAGAGGCGGCGAAGCUGAUCAACGACGUAGGCCUGGUACAUGCAGCAGGGGGUUUUGAGAUCAGGAAUUGGAUCUCAAACUCCACAGAGGUCAUAUCAGCGGUUCAAAAGAGCAGUCCCGUCAACAAAUAUCUAGAUCUUUCCUCAGAACCAUCGAUGGAAAAAGUAUUGGGAAUGUGGUGGGACAUCCAGAGCGACAUGCUCACCUAUAAAACGAGCGCAUUGUACAAACUUCUUCCGUGGAUCGAUCGGAAUGGCGUCAUGCGUAUGAGAACCAGAAUCACAGCGUAUAGCUAUGCCACCGAAGAAGCUAAAAACCCGAUUAUCCUACCCAGCAAACAUCACGUCACAGAUUUGCUCGUAGCGUACUUCCAUCAGAGCUACCAUCAUCAGAACAUCGAGACGGUCAUCAACGAAAUUCGUCAAAAAUAUCAAAUCAGUCACUUGCGUUCACGUCUUUCUACGAUCCGGAGCAAAUGUCAACAAUGUAAAAAUGAGAGAGCAGUGCCAAAGCCACCGAUGAUGAGCGAUUUACCACCCGGUCGACUAGCUGCAUUUUCCCCGCCAUUUACGCACACCGGCGUCGAUUAUUUUGGACCAAUCGAGUUGACCAGUUGUUAG